AAUGAAUACAAGUUUAGUAUUCUUUCAAUCUUUCUUUGCUUUUCUUCAUGGUAUCAGAGCAGGUUGUUUCGUGCAUUUGAAUACCAAGUGUUUUGUCCUUUUGCAUAUGAAUUCACUCUCUUCUUGUUUUCAAAUCUAACUCACAAGAAAAUCAAACUCAUGGCAAAGAACUAGAAUUUGCUUACCAUUCAAAGCUUCCACUAGAUGGCAAGCCUUGUGUCGGUCAAGCUGUCAAGCACAAAUUUUCUGCUAUGGAAAUCAUAGAUCUUUCCACUAAUUCGUAGUGCUCAACUCAUAAAUCAUCUAGAAGAAGAGGCUCUAGUUGCAAUGAUCAGCAAAGGUGGAAAAGAAGAGCUCAAUCUUGACUAUGCAAUUUGGCUAAAUAAUGAUGGCUUACUUACUAGCUGGUUACUUGGAACCAUGAAUGAAGAAGCAUUGAGCCUCGUUGUCGGCUGUGACUCAGCUUUUCAGAUCUGGAAGUGCUUAAAGGAACAUUAUUUGGCAUCAACAAAAGAGCAAGAAUUGCACCUUAAAGGCCAAUUAGCAAUCAAACGAGGAGAUGAUGAAUCUCUUGAAGAUUUCAUAAGAAAAUUCAAGAGAACUUGUGACAAUUUAGCUGCUAUACGUAAGCCUGUUGAUGACUUAGACAAAGUGUUUCAACUCUCCAGAGUAGUAGGGGGACGGUACCAGCCUUACAAUCUUGCUGUCUUAUCUAAGCCCCCAUAUCCUACCUUUAAUCAAUAUAUUGCAAGGUUACAGAACAAUGAAAGAGAUUUGCAAGUUGCUGAACAGGAAAGCAAGGAUAAAGUUCCAAACUAUGUCCAAGCCUUCGUUGCACAAAGGGGCAGAGGUCAACGUGGUAGAAGCAAUGGUAGCAGGAAUCCUAUGAUCAACAACAAUCCUAUACCACAACAAGCCAUACCACAAAAUUUUCAACCGAAAAAUUCAACCCAACAAGGUGAGAAUCAGUGUCAAAUCUGUGGUGUUGCAGGCCAUACAGCCUUAAAAUGCUGGUACAGAUUUGACCAUGCAUAUCAAAGUGAAGAAUUACCUCAAGCUCUUGCAACGUUAAGCCUGGUGGAAGACAAGGAUCAAAACACUUAUGUUGAUACUAGAGCUAUUGACCACAUGACCUUAGAUACAGGUAAACUUUAUACUAAAAGACCUUAUCGUGGUAAACAAAAAGUUUUAACAGGUGAUGGAACUCCCUUGCAAAUUUCGCAUAUUGGUUCUACCUCCAUUGGUUCUUUAAAACUUAAAGAUGUUCUAGUGGUUCCUAAUGUCAAGAAAAAUUUACUUUCUGUUAGUAAGUUUACUGAUGAUAAUUCAUGCAUUUUUGAGUUCUCAUCUAACGGUUUUGUGAUUAAGGACCAAGCAACACAGGCGGUGCUAGCCAGAGGCACUAGGAAAGGGCAACUGUAUGCAUUGGAUGAAGAGGAAAAACAUGUUCUUGCUGUUAUUUCAAAUAAGGCUACUGAUUCUAUUUGGCACCAAAGACUAGGACAUCCAAAUUCUAGUGUUUUAAAAACUCUAGCAUCAAAGAACAGUAUUAUUGUAUCUAAUUGGACUAAGCCUUCCUAUUUGUGCAGUAGCUGUCAAAUGGGGAAAAGUUAUGACUAUAGUAGGUUUACAUGGUUUAAUCCUUUGCAUAGAAAAUCUGACUUCCGUAGUGUUUUUCUAAAGUUUCAGAAGAUAGUUGCAAAUCAGUUUCAUAAAAGCAUCAAAAUAUUCCAAUGUGAUGGUGGAGGAGAAUUCUCUAAUAGUGCUUUCAUUAAACACUUAGAAGACUGUGGCAUCAAGCAACAAGUAUCUUGUCCUGGAACUCCAGAACAGAAUGGUGUUGCAGGAAGAAAGCAAAGACACAUCGUCGAGAUAGAUGGAGAAUUAUGCAAGUACCAUGACAGUGAUGAAUGGCUUCAAGCCUCAACAAACUUACAACCUUCAAGGCACUUGGAUGAGAAGUUGUUGACUUUCUUGACACCUUCACACCGCACCAUCACUUCUAAUGAGGAGGAAAAUAAUCACAACAGCAACAACCUUAAAGGCAAUGUUGAAGAAACUAUAAAAGGUGCUCCCAAUCCCUGUCGAGAAGAAACCAAUGUGACAUCAUCACAAAUCCUGACCAGAGAAGACAGCACUCAAUUAAAUAAUACUCAAGAGGAUUCCAAGUCUUCUCAAUCAUUCGAAGGAUCUAAUUCAAAAGAAUCAUCAUCCACCCAAGAAGAAUCUGGAUCUCCUCAACUGUCGGAAGUCUUUAACUCAGCUUCGUUAGAAGCAACAGAUGGACAUCAGCACCUUGAGGAACCUGUCACUACAUUUGAUGGAGGCAUUUUCCUAUCACAAGGACAAUAUGCCAAUGAUCUUCUUAGCCAGACAUCAAUGCUUGAGGCUUCCACAAUUGCAACUUCAUUGGCUAUCAAAGAAAAUCCUGCUUCAAGAGACACGGAGCUGGUUGAUGCAAAAGAAUAUAGGAAAAUUGUUGGUGCUCUCCAAUAUUUGACUAUCACUCGAAUUGAUAUAUGCUAUGCUGUGAACAAAGUUUUUGCGAUGCCGAUUGUGUCGGCUAUCCAACUAAAAGAAAAAGCACAUCAGGAUACUGCAUUUUUCUUGGAGAAAAUUGUAUAUCAUGGUCCUCCAAAAAGCAACCAACUGUAUCAUGAUCAACUGUUGAAGCAGAGUACCGUGCAUUAGCUUCCACCAUAGCUGAGAUCGUAUGGAUCACAUAUAUCUUCUUCGUGAUAUUGGAAUUCCCUUGCUCUCCCCUCCUUAAUUGUUUUCUAAUAACAUAAGUGCCCUCCA